AAAUUUUGAGUUAUGAUUUACUCUCUACUCUAGUAACAUCUACAUAACGAGCUUCUUGGAUCAAAACAUAAAUACACUGAGUUUCAGUUGCUCAAUGUUUCUGAUAAUAUCUAUUAAGAUACAAAAGAUUUCAAAUAUUUCAUUGACAUUUAAAAUCAUUCAUAAUCAAUCCUUAUUAUUCAAUCCUAUAGAUAUGAAUAUGAAUACAAUUUUGAGAAUAACACAGUAUAAUUACUAAAUUGCUUAAUUGAUAAAGUCAAUGAUGAAUAAACUAACAUCUCUAUUAAUUUACUUUAAUAUUAACAUCCAAUUCCAACUGUAUUAAUUAAAAAAGCAUUCAUAAAGAAAUAAACACCUCAACCAACCAUUCAACCUCAUUAAAUUCACUCAUUAAUUUCUUCAUAUUCAAAAUAUUAAAAGACUGAUAUUACUUUCUCAAAUUUAGACAUCAUUGAAAGAACUUAAGAUAUUACUUAUAGAUAGCCUGCUUAAGAAAAACCAAAUAAAAAAAAAAUUAAAGUUGAAAAACCUCAAAUACUAGAUAUUGAUUCAAUUAAAAUGACUAAAGUUUAAGAGACUGUAGAUUUAAAAACUAAAGAGGAAAUAAAUAUAUCUAAAAAAUUGUUCAAGUAAUAACAAAAAAAAAAUGAUGAAACAGUUUAAAAUUAAUAAUUAAAAUCUCUAGUGAAAAAACUAGACAUUCCAGAAAAAUGGAAAUAAGUUUCAUAACAAUUUGGGGAAUCGCAUAAAAAGGUUUGGGAUAUCAAAUAUUAUGAAAAAUUGGUGUUAUUGACUGAAGCUAUAUCAAAAAGUAUUAAAUAUUCAUUUAUAACCUUAGAGUACUUUUAUUAACACAUUAUUAAAGAAUGCAUAGAAGAAGAAUAUUAAAAGAGAUUCAUUAGAUAUGCUAUGCCUCCUGAUUUAAAUGAUCAAUCUAUUUUAAAAAAGAGAAAAAUCUAUAGUAAAGAUGUUGUUUGUGCUCUUCUUGAAUGA